CUGGAUACAUCCUAAAAGAAGGACCGUUUGAUUCUCGCUCCUGCAGUUCUCGUUAACAAAAUCCUUCUUAUUUUUUCUUCCUUUCUUCCUACCUUCCUUCUUCCUUCUUCCUUCUUCCUUCUUCCUUCUUCUGUCACUUUCGUCUCAGAAAGACAAAAACACUCCCUCCCUCUGCAGUUAUGCUGUUUCGUAUUCUUCAAUCUUCGCACGAAAUACUUCACUGCUUCACCAAUCACAGAUGGGUUUUCUCUAAAGUAAUGCACAUUAAAUUUUCCAUCUACACUUCUCUCUCUCUCUCUCUCUCUACUCAGAGGUUUUGAGCAGAGGAGAGUGAUGGGGAGCAAGUAACUAAGGAGAGGUUUUGAAAAAGUUAAUGUGAAAUUCAAGGGUUAGUCAUUUGAAUCAGAGAUCUUAAAGGGGGAAAAGAUCUGAGAAGAAAAGAGUAAUGAGGGUUUUGGGGGAGUCUUCUUGGUGUUUCUGUAAUGGAGGUGGGAGGUCUGAGAGGAUGAAAGGCAGUAUUUUCUGCAAUAAAGGUGCGGCCAUGGCGAGGGUAGGUGGUGGGACUGGCUUUCUCAUCCAUAAGAACCUUUUGUUAACUACCCACGUGAACCUUCCCUCAGUGUUGGCAGCUGAAGGGUUGGAGAUCCGGUUGCAGGACCGUGUUGCUGCAAAGCUUUUCCCUCACAGGUUUUUCAUUACCAGUUCUGUUCUUGAUCUUACUAUUGUGGGUAUAGAUGCCAUUGAUGGAGAUUCAAACGCCCAAGGGCAUCAGCCUCAGUGCUUGAAGACCUGCUCAAAUCCAAGUCUUGAUUUGGGUAGUGUAGUUUAUCUUCUAGGUUAUACAGACAAAAAGGAACUGAAAGUGGGUGAGGGAAAGGUGGUGAUAGCCACUGAUAAUCUCAUAAAAGUAUCAACAGAUGGAAUAAUUUGGAGCCCUGGGUCUGCUGGUUUUGAUGCCCAAGGUAAUCUUGCCUUCAUGGUAUGUGAUCCUAUGAAGCUUGCCACAUCUCCAACUGUCAAGUGUACGUCAGCCUCAUCGUCUUCAUCAUCAUCAUGGAAGAAGGACCUUCCUGUGCAAUUUGGCAUCCCCAUUCCCAUUAUCUGUGAUUGGUUACACCAGCACUGGGAGGGCAGCUUGGAUGAGCUUAACAAGCCAAAGUUACCACUCAUUCGGUUGAUGUCCACAGGACAGAAGAGUGAGCAUUCCUGCGCUUCCUUCGCAAUGCGACAGGUAUUCAAAUCAACAGAAGGUGAAAAUGAUAACACCCCAUCUUCAUCAAAUAUUAUAUCAGGACAACAGGAUCACCCUGGACCAAGCUGUUCUGCUGCUGCAAAUGUAUGCCAAGAGGAGACCCCUGUUACGGGCUUGCAUUCUAGUAUUCGUGAGCUGGGGAUUCCAACACCUGAGAUUUAUGAAUCCCCAAGAUUGACCUCAGUACCUGUUCGAAAGAAGGAAAACACCCAAACCCAGCUUCUGAAUAUUAAUUUCCCACCAAGUGCUCCCAAAGCUAUAGUCUUGCCACAGGCCAUUAAAAAGUUGCCUACAAGCUCUGAUGGAAAUUCUGUUGAGGAACUUGCAUUGCGAAAUUCAUUGAAAGAAGACAACCCAAUUGAGGGUAAAGGAGUACCCAAUCCUGUUGGAGAUGGUGAAAUAUCAACUGGUUCCAUUAAUGGGGAGGACCACAGUGAGGUCCAGUCCAGUUCAUCUCCAAUAGAGGUCUCAGAGUGGCAGAAUGUGGGACAUGGAUACCAUGCUGACUAUAGCAGCGAGGGAGAGACCAUGUACUCAGCUGAAACAGCAGAGAGCCGGAACUACCCUAGUCCUAAGGUAGAAAAGUUUCAACCAGUGUGGAGGACCCACAGCUGUGGAAGUUACAGCAGAUGGGAUACCGCUCAAAGAAAUCCGGUUGCACGCAGAGCAUCACUGGAUAAUCAGCAGAACUUCAUCCGGGGAAGGAAAAUGCAUUCACAGGGAGCAACAUCUCAGAGGAGCAAUGAUUACUUCAACCCCACUGUUUCUUCAAUCAUGAAGAAGCGUAACAAUUCAGAGCAGCUGAACAAACCCCGACAGAGUGCAGGUCACUCAUCUCCAAGAUGGAUGUUUUGAUCAAAUCUCAUUCAGUAUAACAACUGGGAAGAAUUGAGGAAAUCAUCAAAAGAAUCCUCAUCUAGCAUAGUGGAAAUUCAUGCCAACCUGCUCUGUUUCACUUGUAGUCAAGCUGAUUUUUUUAUUUUAUGUGCAGAACAGUAGGUGAAUAAACAAAUUUUGCUCAGGAGAGAGGUAUCUAUCUCAUUACCUCUGUAUCAUCUUGUUGGAAAUAGUCUCCUGGUUGACAUUGCCAUACAAGUUGUGGUUUCUUUA